CUGUUGAUGACUAAACUACAUUAACCUCGAGUACUUUGAACGAUCAAUUCAAUUUUCAUUUAAAAAUACAUACGACAGGCCUUGGAAUGAAACUAUAGCCAAUCUUAAACACUCAUGGAAUAUCAGUUUAAAAAAAUAUAUUACAAUGUGUAAGCGUUUAACCGAGGAAAAAAGAUUCGCUACUUAACCCCAAUCUCGGUUUGCAAAUAGAGAAUAUCUGUAUAGUCUUCGAUGCUAUGUAAUAUUAUUAACAUUGCUAGGGUAUUUUUAAUGAACUUUCUGCUCCUGCUGUGAAACUCCUUUUUGCAUUUUUACAUAUGACCUCGGCGGCUCGGUUGAUAACAGCUGUUUCCGUCACAAACAAGUUCAAACGAAUUAUUUAUAUUGCUCAAGUCUAUCACGAUUUCAAGGUAAAAUUACAGCUUUUCAUCAGAAAUGCUGAACGUUUAUUACAUGAGAAAAGAAAAUUUUCGCGCGCAAACCAGUUUUUGGAGCAUAAUUCAUCAAUUUCGUCAUUCGUUUGUGCUGUAGAAUUCAAGGUCAAACACAUAUCCACGAUACCACCGAAAUAUUUGUUGAUAAAAAAUCUCAGGAAACUACCAUCAGGACUUGACGCACUAUUUUCAACAAAUCUAGACCUAUUGAAGUCUGACAUUGACCAAAAAACGCGAGCAGAGUUCAGAAGAACCAUUAUGGAACCAUACUCAAAUAAAUGUUAUGGAACAGUAGACCAACAGAUUUGUCCCGCCGAUAUUAUUACUUUUAAUGACGAAGCUGUGCAGCACAGAAGUUCACCAUUACUACCUGAAAACCCGCAUCUCAAUUCAAAUUUACCAAACCAAUCAAAAUUCGAAAAGGCCGUUCACCGUGGAAAAGACAAUUAUACUGCAAUGCGUACUUGGAAAAAAGUCGGGAAAGAGCACAUGAUUGACCCCAAAGAGAAUUGCUUGAUCAGGUUAUUUUCUUAUAACAUCUUGGCGCAAUAUCUACUAGCAACACACUCCUACCUAUACAAGUAUCAUGAUAAACGCACACUCAAUUGGAUAGUACGAAGCAAAUUAUUGACUCAAGAAAUAUUACAGGCUCAAGCUAAUGUAAUAUGUCUUCAAGAAAUGCAAGAGGAUCAUCUCGAGGAUUUUUUGAAACCCUUUCAUGAAAAUGGAUACAACCAUCUUUAUAAAAAACGGACUAAUGAUAAAAUGGAUGGGCUUCUUCUGCUAUACCGUUCAGAUACGUUUAAUUUGAUCGACUGCACUUAUGUUGAGUUUUAUCAAUCAGGUGUCAACAUACUUAGCCGAGACAAUGUUGCCAUAAUUGCUAAAUUAUCAUUAAAAGAUAGUCCUGAAACAAACAUAGUCAUUGCCACAACACAUCUGCUCUUUAAUCCUAAAAGAAAUGACAUUAGAUUGGGGCAAACACAGAUAUUGAUGGCCGAAAUAGAGAGGAUUGCUUUUAUCAAACAUACGCCGAAAGGGCCGAUAUAUCAUCCCAUCAUUAUCAGUGGAGAUUUCAAUCUAAGACCUCAUUCAGGAGUGUAUCAAUUUAUAACUAAAGGAUCUUUUCAAUAUGUUGGAAAAGGUCGCACUUUAGGGCCACCUGAUCAUCACCGUUUAACCAACUCAUUGAUCCCACCGCACUUGUAUAUAACAGACAGCUGUCAGCACUAUCACCUUUUGCUCAAACGGCUGUGUAACCAGGGAGAAGGCCAAAUUAUGUUGGAAAAUAGUGAAGUGAGGUUACCAAAUACCGUUCAUAAGAAAAUUCAAGAAAAUGAUGUUGAUGUGCAAACAACACAAUUCCAGAAACUACAGAUAUGUCACAACUCAUACGUGAGUUUUGGGUCUGGACAUUUAACGCAUCCGUUCCAUUUGCAAAGUGUUUACACGCACAAAGAUGAUAACGGUCAGGAUGAAGUAACUACUUAUCAGGAUGAAUGGCUUACAGUGGACUAUAUAUUCUAUCAAGGUGUAGAACUUUUCGAAAAAUAUACACUACCUACACAAAGACAGUGCAGAGGUUUAUCGACCAUACCGAACUUAGGUAUUGGUAGUGAUCACUUCAGUCUUGGAGCAACUUUUGCAAUACGGAAGAAAAAAAAAUAAAAUCAGCCUCCUGAACAUAAAAUGUACAAUACACAUCGAUAUUUUCAAUAAAAACUGUUGACUAAUUAAA